UCUGUAUUUAUUUUUUCUUGUGUAGUGCUGUGACUCAGGUGUUUUUUUUUUAAUAAUUAUGGCGUUAUUUUUGUGCAUUCUCCUAUGCGCUUGGGCGGGCGCCCUAGGGUUCAAUGUGGACAUCCCUUCUAGGGUAGUUUAUACAGGAAAUUAUCAAUCUAUGUUUGGAUUUACCGUCCAGUCACAUGUCGACGGUGAUAGAAAAAUGAUUCUAGUGGGAGCGCCGGAAGACGAGCCCUACCACAUAAACGAUGUUCGUCGGCCGGGCGCGGUGUACCGCUGCCAGCCCGGCUACCGCGGCUACCUGUCCGAAGACAGCUCGAAACCGCUGCAGAUGUGCUCGCUCAUGGAGUUCGACAAGAACAGAAACAACAACGUGGACACCGCUCACCGACAGAUCGAUCAGAAAUCGAACCAGUGGUUUGGAGCCACACUCACCAGCACUGGCAGAAAUGGGCCUAUUGUGGCCUGCGCCCCUCGCUACGUGUCCUUCGUGACAGCGAAGCUGAAUCAGCGUGACCCUGUUGGUUCAUGCUUCGUAGCCAUGUCUUCUGAUGCUGUUGACGUCAACGAAUUUUCACCUUGUCGUAAUUCGAGCCACGGCCAGCGCAAGACGGGCGUGUGUCAGGCCGGUUUUUCUGCGGCGGUCUCAAAGGACGGCCAGAGGCUGUUCAUGGGUGCACCAGGCAGCUUUUACUGGCAAGGUCAACUGAAAGUGCAAACAUUAAACUCAAGACCAGUUCUGAUAUCGACGCCAGAAGCAAGUCCUAAAUACGAUGACUCUUAUAUGGGAUAUUCGGUAACCGUUGGCGACUUUGCUGGACAAGGAAUUCAGAGUGUCGCUGUUGGUGUACCUAGAGGAUCAGAUUUGAGAGGAUUGGUGGUAUUGUAUACUUGGGAAUUACAAAAUAUCAAAAACAUCAGCGGUUCUCAAAUUGGCGCGUACUUCGGCUACAGUCUCGCAAGCGGUGAUAUUGAUGGUGAUGGUGCUGAUGAUUUAAUUGUUGGUGCUCCCAUGUUCACCAAACCGAAGAGUGAUGGAUAUGAACAUGGGCGGAUAUACGUUAUUUAUCAGGGCAAAAACAGAGAAUUUGUAAAGAAUCACGCAAGAACUGGUGAAGUAUCUAAGGGACGAUUCGGUUUAGCUGUGACGUCACUUGGAGACAUCAAUUAUGAUGGAUUUGGGGAUAUCGCUGUUGGUGCUCCUUAUGGGGGUGAAAACGGAAGAGGCGUUGUUUUCAUCUACCACGGUAGUGAGACGGGUAUUGGAGAGAAGUACUCCCAGGCCAUCACUGCUGAAGAGAUCAGUCCCUCCUUAACUACCUUCGGAUUCUCUCUUUCUGGAGGCGUGGACCUUGAUAACAAUAACUAUACUGAUUUGGCUGUGGGCGCGUAUAAAUCUGACAGCGUCGUAUUUUUGAAAUCUCGUCCAGUAGUAAAAGUAAUGGCUGACGUUAAAUUCAUGGGUGAAAGCAAAUUAAUUUCCCUCGAAGACAAGAGAUGUCGUCUUUCAAACGGCACGGCGGUUGCGUGCGCGCAGCUCAUGUUUUGUCUAACUUAUGACGGUGUCAACGUUGAUCAACAAAUAAACUUCGAAGUGACCAUAGACUUGGACUCGAGGCAGAAGAGCACCAAGCGAUUGUUCUUAAUGGAGACCAGACAAACAGUGUACACGACCAAUAUGUUACUGAUGCAAGGACAACAAGAGUGCAAGGAAAUCAUGGUGUAUCUUGAUGACGACAUCCGCGACAAGCUGACGCCGAUGGAGGUGAAGCUGACGUACGAGCUGGCGGCGGGCGCGGGCGCGGGCGCGGGCGCGGUGCCGCCCGUGCUCGACCGCACGCGCAGCAUCGAGCGCACCGACUCGCUCAACAUACAGAAGAACUGCGGGCCCGACAACGUCUGCGUGCCCGACCUCAAGAUGUUCGUCACCACGCCCACCGUUAACUACGUUCUUGGAUCCGGCGAGGACCUCAACAUCGACAUCAAGGUUGAGAACUCAGGAGAAGACGCAUUCGAAGCUGCAUUUUAUAUGCAGAUACCCCCUGGAGUCACCUACGCCAAGAUGGAGAGGCUGGACAAAGACAGCGCUGAAACUUCCCCAAUCUACUGCUCGGUCAAGAAUAAGGGAUCCGAUGGAAACAGCACUUUGAAAUGUGAUUUGGGAAAUCCGAUGGCCAGUGGACAAAGCGUGCAGUUCCGCGUGGUGGUGGAGGUGGACGCGCGCGUGACGCGGCUGCAGUUCUCGCUGGAGGCCAACUCCACCAACCCGGAGGCGGGCUCGCUGUACGACAACACGCGCACGCUGCUCGUCGCCGUCGACAUCCGCGCCACGCUCUCCGUCAUCGGAGCCUCAGACCCCCCAGAACUACAUUACAACGCGUCGUUGUACGAUACAAAGAAUCUAAAGGAUGACACCAAGUUAGGUCCACAAGUGAUUCACAAGUACAACAUAAAGAACGAAGGACCCUUCACAGUGGACGAGGCGGAGAUAUACAUCAUGUGGCCGUAUCAAACCCUCAAUGGUGACAACCUCAUGUACAUGCUGGUGCAGCCGCAGUGGGUCGGCGACAUGGUGUGUGACGUGGCGCGAAACAUCAACCCUGACAACCUCUUUGUACAGAAUCCGUACGCUUUCAUGCUCACCAAGGAGAGAGAAGCAAUGAAAGCCAGCGAUCUCUACUCAGCAGCACAGAUCGGUGGUAGCGGUGGAUAUUAUGGACAACAAAACUUGGAUGAAAACUAUAUAAGUAGUGGUCAAGUUAACGCACAAGGAAGUCAAGUGAGUGGCGGUCAAUAUGGAUCUUCUAGCGGUUUCUACGGUACCAACCAAGCUGGUGGUAGCCACUUCGGUACCAGUCAAUCAAGCAGUUCUGGUUCAAGUGGACAGUUUAGUACUACUUUUGUAAAUGGUGGACAAUUUUCCGGCGGUCAAUCCGGCUCGAGCCAUGCAGCUGGUGGGCAAGUAUCUGGAGGACAGUACGGAACUCAUGUUAGCGGUGGACAGUUCACCGGUGGCCAAGUUUCUGGUGGUCAGUAUGGUCACGGUCAAGUUUCUGGGAGUCAGUACGGUCGUGGCCAAGUUUCUGAAGGUCAAUAUGGAAGCGGUCAAAUCGGUGGAAAUCAAGGACCUAGUGGUACCUACUUUUAUAAUCGUACAUGGUCGACUGGCGAAGGACUUACAGCUGAAGAACGGGAAGCUAUAAUGAAGAACCUCGAAGCGGCUGCUAAACAAGGUGCUCGAGGAUUUACCCAAAGUCAAGGAGGACAAAGUGGUUAUACGCAAAGUGGCCAGGUAUAUGUCCAAGGUGGUCAAGGAGGUUUUGAUAAUAUUGGACAAGAUGGCCGCAUAGUCCGCGUUAAAAAUAAAACAAUCAUAUACGACGCGAACCAUAAUAUAAUAUCUCAGACCGAGACUAGUACGGAGUAUGGAUCCCUUGGUCAAGGAGGCGAAGCUGGCAGCUCCUUUAAUGCCUACAAUAAUAACCAGGGUGGUGCUCAACAGACCUUUGGGUCGCAAGGCUUCGUCCACGGUUCCUGGGGAACGACGGAAACGAUUAACCCCGACCUAAUGAAAGCUGGUUCAAACACAUAUCGAGGAGCUUCAGGUGUAACUUUUGUAGGAGACGAAGAAGAGGACAAAUUAGAAGGAUUUGGUGUUUAUGCUGCUCAUAAUCCAAACAACGAAUUCAAAGUUGGAAUCGCUGAUGUUAGUGGGAUUCAAGGGUCGGGGUCAGCUAGAGGAAGUCAGAGUUUCCAAGGGGGUUACCAAAGUGGGGGGUAUCAGGGUGGUAUGCAACAGGGAGGCUACCAAGCAGGCGCAUCUGGAGCAGCGUAUGGAGGAUCUAGUGGGAGCUCCUAUUCUUACUCGUCAAGAUCAGGAGGUCACACUUCUUACUCUUCAGGGGGAAGUUAUACCUUAUCCUCAGAACAAAGGAGAGAAAGCACUAGACGGCGGCGUCAAGAUAAUGUGGACCCGCAGCUGAAGGAGAUGCUGGAGCGCUGCGAGCAGAAAUACAAGUGCUCGGUGGUGCGCUGCCGCACCGGCCGCCUGCUGCGCGGCCAGGAGGUGUGGCUCGCGCUGCGGGCGCGCGUCAACGCCUCCGUGCUCAACGAGAUCUCGGCGGAGCGCGCGGUGAAGCUGUCGUCGCUGGGCGCGGCGCGCGUGUCCCGCCUGCCGCUGGCGGGCGCGGCGCGCGGCCAGGCGUGGCGCGCGGGCGAGGCGCUGACGCUGGUGGCGCCGCGCCUGGAGGCGCGCGGCGGCGGCGUCAUCCCGCUCUGGGUCAUCGUCGUGGCCGCCGUCGUGGGCGCGCUGCUGCUGCUGCUGCUCAUCUUGCUGCUCUACAAGUGCGGAUUCUUCAAACGUAACCGACCAUCCGACCAAGUUGAGCGACAACCGUUAAACGGCCGCGACGAACAUCUUUGAUAUCCGACCACUGAUCUCGGCCUCACCAGCGACGCCGCCAUCUCCGACACUACGUCAGAUGGCGAGGCGACCUCUGACGUCAUUGCCACCUCUGACGUCAUCGCCACCUCCGACGUCAACGCCACGGAUUCCAGCUCCACGGACGCCGCUAGUGACGUCACUAGUCAAGACUCGACUAGUAUGGACAAAUACUGAUGUCAUAAAACAUUUUAAAAUGGCGAUCUCGUUACAUCUUAGCGCGUGUGAGUUUAUAAAGAUCUGAACUUUUAAAAGUUGUCUGACAUUAUUUAUAAAUAAUUUGUGAGUAGUGAAAGAACUUUUAAUUAUUUAAUCUGUGGUGACAGGUGACAGUCAAGAUGGUGGCUGUAAUAUGUAAUUCCUUGUUAUAUUUUAUAAAUCCCUUAAAAAGCUAAAAGGGAACCAUUUCAAUAUUUCAUUAUCAAAUGUAUAUAUCAGACAUAGAACAACAAUAUAGUCCCUCAUGAGAAUUA